CCUAUAUGUAUUGAUAAGCUGUCUAUCGUAUUCGUAUUUCAUAAUUGGUACCUAUAUAAGUUGGUGUAAUGUUAUGUGAUAUUCACUCGUGUACUCGAGCAAAACACCAUAGGUAUAAAAAACAUGUGUACCUACGGUUUAUACAGUUAUUCAGUGCCUUGUUUUAAGGGAAUAUGUGUUGGUCCUCUUCUUUAAUAAUUGAACUUUGUGUUGUUUUUUUUUUAUGUUUUCGAGUGAACAAGUGUUUCUAUAACAAUUUAAUGUUGCAGUUAAACUACAGGCAAAAGGUAAAAUAAAAAAUGAAUAUUACACCGUUCGGUAAAAAAAUUCCAAGAAGACGGCUCACAGGUAGAAUGGAGAACAUUUCACAUGAAAAAAAAAAUUAAUCGUCUAUCCCCCCCCCUUUCUCCCAUUUCGUCAAGCUUCAGAUAGGUUUUGCGAUCGCAGUGCUGUACGUAUGCACAACACCAUCGUCGUUGUUAUUAUUCGCAUAUAUACGUCACGGACGCGGCUGCAAAGCGCAUGGACCAGUCUAUAUAUAAUACAUAUAUAAUACGGCCGUGCCGGGUUGCUGCGUUCCCAUGGCGACGGGACGAUCGGCGGCGGCGACGAGUACGAUGACGACGACGUGAUCAUUACAUAUUAGUCAACAUGCCAACAGGCAAGUGACCGGACACGUAAAUACACGCUCGCGCGAGUCAGACGACCCGCAUAUUAUACGCUCGUCCACAAAACACAAUACUAUCGACAUACUCCUGCAGUGCAUCAUCGUUGACAUCGGUAUUCGUUGUGGAACCCGUCGUUUGGUUUCCGGGAAAAUCUGUUGUGAAAUAAUUUCAGCGUUACAUCCGUGUCCAGCGAUUCGGAAACGGAACGCAGUAGCCCGGCCGACUUGUCACGGCCGCUUCAGACGCCUCCGGCGCGUUAUCGUGUUGUGUUAUUGUACUUAGGAUUUUGGUCUCCCAAAACGAUGUCUUCCUCGACAGUAUCUUCAGAUUAGCAACCGACCUUCAGCAAUUUUCAGUGAUGCGGCAAUGUAGCUCUUCAUAUCGGAUGUCUGGUUUAGAUCGGCGAACAAACGUAGACAUACAAAUUUUGAGUGCUGCUAGUAAAGCGAUUGCAGAAAAAUGCUUUUGGAACGCAUGCAAAGCAUUAUCUUUUGGAUUGUUUCUGAUGGCUGUCGGAGCCAUAAUGGCCAUUAUUGGAUAUUAUGCUGAACAGCUUUCAUCAGAUGAUAUUGUCACAAAAACUGACAGUGGAAAUUCGAGUACAUCCAUACGAACAACAAAAACAACAAAAAAAUCAUCUCAUAUAUAUAAAUUGUCAUAUGCUGGACCAAUUGUGAUGGGCGUUGGAGGGUUCAUCGUGGUGGCGGCGUGCGUGAUGACGUUCGAGGCUCGCGAUCGGGCGGCGAAAUUCAUGUCCAACCAAUUGAAAAUAAUGGGCGGCGGGGUCGGCGCCGGCGGUGCCGUGUCGGGUCAUCGCGGCCACGGCCGACAGACGCCAUCGGCCGGUUACCUGUCCAGGGGCGACAGCGGCCGGAGCAGCUAUCAGAACCCGAGCGAAGGUGGACGGCACAAGAUGAACAAGAGCCCGUCGGCGCCCAACCUGGCGGCGGCCGCGGCCGCGUCGAGCCGCGGGUCGGGGGCCGCCGGACAGUCGGGCGCCGGCAGGCUGCCCCUGCGGCACAAGCACGCCGUGCACGUGCUGUCGUCGACCGGCGGCCGGGCGCUGCUCAGUCCGCACGCGCUGCGCCGGCAGGCCAUGUCGAUGGACACGCAGGACUACAACCCGCUGUUCUCGCCGCCCCGAUCCCGUCACAGCAGUUCUGGCCUGUUGACGUACAGCAACAGCAACUGCAGCAACAUCUUUGGCAAUUUCAACUGCAACAACGGCAACAAGCAAGGCGGCGGUAUCGGCGAGGGCAGCAGGGAGUCGAUCAACGACCCGAUGAGGACUUCGUCGUCCAGGGGAUCUCGGGGAUCGAUGGUGCUGGACCUGCACGUGCCCAACGAGUGUCCGGUGACGAUGCGGGUGCGGGACAGGAGCCGCCGGUCGGACACGGCCAAGCGGCACGUGCUGCGCCGGCAAACGCCCGUCGAGCUGGACGACACGAUAAUAGCGUACGCGACCUCGGCCAUGGCGGCGGACCAUCACCGACAGCGGGCCAAGCGGUGCACCACUCAGCGGUCCGCGACUUGCGACGUGCCGCACGCGAUCAAGUCGAAGCGCAGGCGACAGGACUCGAGUUGCUCGGACGUGGUGGCGGCACGUCGGAGGUCGGGUUCGCCGGUGUGCGGCGGCGGCGGCGGCGGUGGCGGCGGUGGCGGUUGGCGUUCGUCGGCCAACGACGUCGUCGACGCCGCCGAGUGGGCCCGGACCGCGAACCGCAACACCGCCGGAGGAGGUUCGGCCGCGUCGUCGCCGCAACGGUCGGCCGACCGUGGUCAGACGACCGGUGCGACACCGGCGCGACCGCAGUCUCCGCCGCCGGCGGCCACCGACGCGCCGGACGGCAGCAAAAUGUCACUGUCCAGGACGUGUUCCGACAUCAUGUCCAUCGACAAGUCGUUCGAAGAGUCCAACUACAGUAGUUCGUAGAUAGAUGAUUUCGUAAGUGAUCUCGGUCCGGACACGCGUAUUAUAAUAUUAUUGUUGUUAUAGAGUAUACCAUAAUAUUAUAAAAUAAUAUUGUGUCGUGCUAUAGGCGACAUAAAACGACGACGCGGCAAACGUAUUUUAUGCUUUAGGGUUGACGGUAUUCGAUUCGGAUACCGUGGUAUUGCCCACUUCGGUAUGUUAAACGGUACAUCGGUACUGUGCGGUAUACGGUUCGAGUGGUAUUUGAGCGAUAAUAACCAGUUAACCGGUAUAUCGAAAAACCGUCAACCCUAAAUGAUUAUACUUUCGCCGUUGUGUAAUAAUUUAUGUAUACUUCGUCGUGCUGCAUGCCAUAAUAUUAUGUAGGUAAACUUAAAUCGGCCGGUUUACACGUAUAUAAUAUUAUAUACCAGCUGACAUCUGAUAUAAUUGAUUAUCGUUGUGUAGUGUAUAUUUUAUAUAUAUAUAUAUAUUUUUU